AGCACCAGUCCAUGCUACUAUGCCAAUGAUGUGACUGUGCAGUGCACCAUGGAUGGCCAGUUUGUGGUGGUGGUGUCUGAGAAUGUGACCCUUCCUCCCCUGGAUCUUGGGUCCAUCCACAGUUGGUGGACAGCAGUUCCCAGCUGCAGCCCUGUGACCAUCCUGUCCAGCUUUGUCAUGUACCAGUUUCCAGUCAGUGCCUGUGGGAGCACAGUUCAGCUGGCUGGUGGCAAUGUGACAUACCAGAACACUAUGUCUGCUGCCAUCGCUGUGAGGACUGGACCAGACGGCUCCAUCACCAGGGACAGUGUCUACAAGUAAGGCUUCUGAACCUGCUUCCUCUAACCCUAAAUGUGCUC